AUGUUGUUGAUUAAAACUGAAGUGGAAGGGAGGGAACCAUCAGUGGUGGAUCCAGUUUAUUUGGCAUUGAAAAAAGCCACUGGUAUUCACGCCAGAAGAAGUUCAUCGGCAUUUGGCGAAGAUUCUACACCAUCGCCAAGAAAUCUUUCGCAGGGUUCACUGCAAGAUUCUGGAUUUUCAGAAGCCAGCUAUAGCACCGGUUCAAUGGUUCGAUCAACACCGCUUCUACCUCAGACUGGCUUCAGCCAAAAUGGAAGAAAACGUCCACCAAAAUUGCAGAAACAGAUGAAAUCUUUGUCACUUGAUUGCGCGGAACCAAAUACUACCACUAUGCGUUCCAACAUCACAAAAUCAAGUACAAGAAAUUUUCUAAUCAAACUCAAUUCAACUGCAGAAAAUAGACUGAGUGGAAAUAGCGUUUCACGACUUAACAGUUCAGGGGACCUAUCAGAUUGGAAUCGAAGUCGUUCACCAUCCGGUCCACCAUCACGAUCCACUCCACAUCGUGUCUGUUCACCAAACGUCAAUCAUGUUCAGUAUAUUGUUGUUCAUGAAUAUUAUAAGGAUGAUGUAGCGUUACGUUUUGGCGAUGUCAUCGAUGUUGUUGAUAACGGUGAUCCACUGUGGCUUCAUGGGUACAAUCUAAGCAAUCGACGAGAAAAACUUCUAUGUUUUCCCAGUCAUAUAGUGACAACAAUGCAACCCGGUGAACAACCGAUGAUCACCACUCAGACUGUCUAUAGUACAGAAGUCAAGGAACGAAUUUAUCGUGAUACGGUUGUAUUUGCACAACCAGAUACAAUUGCUGACGGACGGGUACUGGUACGUACAGAGCACAAUGUAUUUCUACGAUGCCCACUUCAGCAUGUUCGUCUACUCUAA